CUCAAAAUCUGGAUCUCUAACCGGGGUCAUGAGAUUACAUGUAAAUUUUCAAAACUUUAUCGAUUCCCUCGCUUUUCGCGUUCUCAAAGCCGUACUUCAAAUCACGGUCAAACUCAAAUAUACAGUUUUAUCUUUUUUGAGUCGGUUCCCGAGGAAUCCCAUUCUCACACGUCACUGCACCCAAAGUCUCCUUAUUUAUAUAAGAAGCCCAUUAUCACUCAAUUUUAUUUUUAUUGUUUGGUCUCUUUUUAGUUUACUUUAUUUUUCCUUACCCCUAAUUUUGUCAAUUCGAACAAAAAGAAAAAAAAAGGGCGAGUGAAGAUGUCUGCAACUCCGGCAAGUGGCGGCGCUGGCGCUGGCGCUGGUGAGGAUGAGAAGAAGCCCAUGGACGGAGCUUCUGGUGUUCACAUCAAUCUGAAGGUCAAGGGUCAGGAUGGAAACGAGGUGUUCUUCAGAAUCAAGCGCAGCACGCAGUUGCGCAAGCUCAUGAAUGCUUACUGUGAUAGACAGUCAGUUGACUUUAAUUCGAUUGCCUUCUUAUUUGAUGGACGAAGGCUUCGUGGAGAGCAAACUCCUGAUGAGCUUGAGAUGGAGGAUGGUGAUGAGAUCGAUGCAAUGCUACACCAGACUGGAGGUCACUAUGCAUGAUUGAGAUUACUAUUGUGGUUGCCUGGAGAUACAAUUGUGUAGUGAUGAAAGGAACCUUAAGUUAGAUCCAGCCCUUUUUAUGGUAUUUUAUAUGGGUGUACUUUUCCAAGUGCCGUCAUUUACUUUAUGCUCCUUGUGUUAGAAUGUUAAUUAAUCUUGGAGGGUUUUAAUUUUCCCUUUUGACUAUGUAUGUUUGAUAUGAUCGUUUUAGAAAUAUAGUGUGUUGCCAUGCUUGCUUGUUGAUUCUUGUUCCAUUCACUUCUGGAAUGGGAUGGGAGAUUUCAACUGGAAUCUGAUCUUCAUGAUCCAGACCGCACCUCCUACUGUGUAAAGCUAAUAAGGGGCAUGAAUAUCUGAAGUUGUCUUGGAAGUUACGGUUGUGUGAUGUUCUUUUAAAAAUUUGCCUAGUAGUAUUACUGUGGUGGUGAGGUUAGGCUCGGCCACUGAAUAGAAGGAAUGGGGCUGGCAGUCCUUCAUAUCGUAGUUGAAGAUAUACAAGGCCAACUUUGUGAACGACUAUCAUCUCUUGCGCUAUGAAUAAUUCACUUCUUCCCAUUUUCAUGAAUUAGAUUAACAUUCGUUAAAACAGUACAUGUGGUUUGUGAAGGAUACUACUAGUUUAAGUAUAUUCUCCAGGACUUAUCAGACAGUAAUAUGCGUCCUUAUUAAAGUAGGAACAUGCUGGGAUCACUAUCUCACGGUUAGAAACCUUGUACUUGGCUAGAAAUUAUUUAAGUCGCACCUUUUGUAUUAGUACUCCACUGAGGUGCAUGCUAUAUGUUCAGUAAUACAAACACCAAUUCCGCUUGAGGGGAAAUCUUACAAACGCCAGAACCAGAAUAGUGUGCAAAAGUCUAGAACAAAAUUA